AGGAGGCGCCAUCUGCAGCAGUGGUAUUGUCGCUGGUGCAGUGCCUGCGUACAGCGGCAUCACGCUGCCCUCUGUCGUCACCCUGGAGGAUCCGGCCGCCAGCUGGAAGGGACCGCCGGCCGGCUCGGAGCCGCAGAACUUCGCCCAGGCCCCUCAAGGGGGGCCGGGGGGCGCUGGUGGCGGCGGGGGGCCCGGCCAACCGGGGGGCGGAGGGCCUCCCGGACCCCCCGGCCAGAACGCUCCCUUCGGUCCAGGCAGCGGUCCCGGUGGGGGGCCUGGAGGAGGUCCCGGCGGCGGUGGACCCCCGCCCGGCUUCCAAGGACCGCCCUUCAAUGCCGGACCGCCCACCGGCGCCGCUUCGCCCGCGUCACAAGCUCCACCCUAUGGAGGCGGACCAGGACAAGGCCCGCCUCCGGGGUCAACCACCCCGCAGUACACCGCAUCGCCAGCACCGAGCGGGUCGUCGACGCCUGGACCCACAGGACAAAACAAUACCGGCGGCUUCCCUCCUCCACCCCCAAACAGUGCGGGGCCCCCGUACAACGGCCCCACCGGUCCAUUCGGGUCCCCUUCCGCUGGGGGCGGUGGCGGACCGCCGUUCGGUCGCCCCGCCUCUUCGGGACCCCCGUUCGUGCCGUCAGGGGCAGCCGCGGCCCCUGGCAAUCACUUCCAGCACUUCGGACCUGGUUUCGGCAUGCCUCCGGGGUCCCCGUUCGGGCCGGGACCCCCGCCGGGGCAUCCGAUGGGCGGACCACCCAUGGAACCUGGACCCCCCGGACACGGACUUAUGGGAAGGCAGAUGGGCGGACCGAUGGGCGUCGAACAAGGGUGAGUACAUUUUUUACGAAUAUAUGUAA